AAAACCGUCAUCUCUUACAACCCUAGCCACGCGACGUAUCAAAUUAUUUUUCAGGCUAGGGUUUCGUGGAUUGCUUAUCCAAUAUUCAACAAUGGCUGAUGUCGAUCCUGAGAUUGCUGCUGGACAGCCAAAGAAGAGAACGUUCAAGAAGUUCAGUUACAGGGGCGUUGAUUUAGAUGCUCUUCUUGAUAUGUCCACAGAUGAACUAGUCAAGCACUUCAAUGCUCGACAGAGGAGAAGGUUCCAGAGAGGUCUGAAGCGAAAGCCGAUGGCUUUGAUCAAGAAGCUUCGAAAAUCGAAACGUGAGGCACCACCAGGUGAGAAGCCAGAGCUUGUAAAAACCCAUCUGCGAAACAUGAUCAUUGUACCUGAGAUGAUAGGUAGUGUAAUUGGAGUUUACAAUGGGAAGACCUUCAACCAAAUUGAGAUUAAGCCUGAAAUGAUUGGUCACUAUUUGGCUGAGUUCUCGAUCUCGUAUAAACCUGUUAAGCAUGGAAGGCCUGGUAUUGGUGCUACCCAUUCUUCAAGGUUCAUUCCUCUCAAGUGAAGUGGUUUUACUAUAUUCUACUUGAGGUGGAUUUCAUUGCUCAUGUUUUUUUAAUAGUAUUUGCUAUAAUAUUAGAAUCACAAACACUUUUAGACCCUUCAAGGUUUUGGUUGUUUAUCUUUAUUGUUAAAGAUUAUUUCAUGUUUUUAUCUUAUUUGUGAGGACAUAUAAUUUUGUUGACUAGAUUGCUCUUUGAUGUGAUAAGUUCAAGGUUUCUUGAUAUCUUUUUUAUAUAGAAGAGUUUUGAUGGUUAA